GCUGGCUGUGCUGGCUCUCCUGUCCCCUCUCCCCUCCCCCAAACCCCUCCCCAAUCAUCGGCACCUGAGCAGGAGGAGGAGGGAGAAGCCGCAGCCCACAGCUCUCCCUGCAUAAGUUUCUUCUCUUCUUCCAAGAUGAUGUUUCUGCUAAUCAAACAUGCUUCUUCUCAUCUUCCGUCAUAGUAAUCUGGAUGUUCCUUGCACACUUUUCAUGCUUGAUUUUGGUUUUUUCCUCUCUUGAUUCAUCGCCCUGAACCAAGCAGGAAUUUUGUCCUUGUUGUUGUGGCAGGAUAGGGACGAGGAGGGAGAAGAAGGGGAUAAAAGUCUUGUGACAUGGCUUCGCCGUUUGAUCCUGCUCUUGUGCCUGGAGGGAGAUGACGACACGAGGCCUCGUCAAUCUUCAGGUUGCAUCUGCAUCGCCGCUGCUACAAAAAUUACUAGCCUGUUCUGAAGGAGGAGAUUUCAUACUAGAUGUCAGACAUUCUUGCAGUAGCUCUAGGAGGAGCUGCAGGAGGUUUGGCAUUAGUUGGUGCCAUCACACUCAUUGUAGUGCUAUGCCUACGGCACCGCAGAAGGAAUUCAGAUUCUUCAGAGAGUAAUUCGUCGGGUCAAGCUCUUUCAGACGUGCAAGGAGCAAGAUGUAUGACACUGGAGGAACUAAGGUCUGCUACAAAUAACUUCAGCAGCUCGAAUCUCGUCGGACAUGGAAUGUUUGGAGAAGUAUACAACGGUUUGCUACAGGAUGGCACAAUUAUAGCGGUUAAAAGGCGGCAUUCUCCUCCUAGCCAGGAGUUUCUUCAUGAGGUUAAUUACCUGUCGUCGAUCCGUCGUCACCCCAACCUUGUAAAUCUCUUGGGGUAUUGCCAGGACAAUGGCAUGCAGAUGCUUGUUUAUCAGUAUGUCCCCAAUGGCAGCAUUUCUACGCAUUUGCAUGGCAACGGCAAUUCUCCAACGGUGAGGCUAGAAUUCAAGCAGAGACUUGCUAUUGCUCAUGGAACCGCUAAGGGGUUGAGUCACCUGCAUUCCAUGACCCCUCCUGCUGUUCACAUGAACUUCAAAACUGCUAAUGUCCUGGUGGAUGCGGAUUUCGUACCAAAAGUUGCUGAUACUGGCAUCCGAGGCCUACUUGAUCGACUAGGCAAUGCUGGGCCGCCUUCAAUGAUAUUCAAUGAUCCAUUCGUCGACCCCCGGGGGAAGGAGUCCAUGAUUUUUUCCAUACAGAGUGAUGUCUACAGUUUUGGUGUGUUCCUUGUGGAGUUGAUCAGUGGAAGGACGGCUGCGUCUGAUCAAGGCAUUAUUGAAUGGGUUCAAAACUUUCAAGAAUCAAGUGAUAUCUCUACAAUAGCAGAUAGGAGAAUGACCAGUGGCUUUACCCCACAAGGCAUGAAGGAAUUGUUGCGCUUGGCAUUGCGGUGCGUGAACCCGACAAGCGAGAAUCGUCCGUCGAUGAGCCUGGUGGAAGCUGAGAUACACCGGAUACGCAAGCAGGAGAUCAGGAGGACGACAGGCAUGCCAGUGGGCGACACAACUGUGACCCUAGGCAGCCAGCUCUUCACAUCACCAAGAUGAAGAAGCAUGGAAAGUUAUAGCAUUUCAAAGGCUAAGCUAGGUUUCCUCUUUCAGGGUUAUAGAUUAGCUAUUCUAGCUCCAAUUUUGCCCCAUUAGUUUCUUCUCAUAUUGAGCCAGCUCAUCACCAGCUGUGCAACUCAAGUGUACAAAAAAGGAGGAGCUGUUAGGCUUCCCUUUUCACCCCUGGUUUAUUUUCUUCGUUAUUCGACAUAGGGUUUCAACUUGUACAAAAAAGAAUGACAAUUCUUUUUUGCUAGACUUUUGUAACACCGAGAGAGUAGCGCCAAACUGGUAACUUUAUAUAUCUCUACAAUUUUAGACAUUUGCCAUUA